CCCUGCCAUAAGUUAACGACGUCGUAUACUGAAUUAUUUCCACUCUCCCAAAUUCUCACUCUUCCAAUCACUCACUCUUAAAUUCACUUUCCUCCAAAUCCACGGGCUUUCCUCUCCAAAUCCAUCAAUGUACCUUCCGAUUACGAGCUAGGUGGGUGCAGAUCAAGAAAUCCUCUCUUAAUCAAGAAUCAACUGGAUGAUUUACAUGAUAUAAAUUUCACCUUAGAUAAUUCAACGGCAUCCUCUGCUCCGAGCUCGCUGUUCAAGUCUCAUCCAAUUCAACAAGAAGUCAAAGACUGAAGCUCUUCAAACUCACCCGAAGAACAAAUUUUCAAGAAGAGAUGGGUUCAACAAAUGCCCUAUUCAACCAGCUCAAGACAGCAGAACCCUUCUUUGUUAUAGCAGGUCCCAAUGUGAUUGAAUCAGAGCAGCACAUUCUCUAUAUGGCCAAGCACAUCAAGGCCAUCACUUCGAGACUUGGGUUGCCAUUGGUGUUCAAGUCUAGCUUCGACAAAGCUAACCGGACUUCCUCUAAAUCAUUUCGUGGCCCUGGCUUGACUGAAGGCUUGAAGAUACUUGAAAAAGUGAAAGUUGAAUAUGACAUUCCCGUAAUCACUGAUGUUCACGAAACAAUACAGUGUGAAGCAGUUGGAAGGGUUGCCGACAUAAUUCAGAUACCUGCUUUCCUCUGUCGACAGACAGAUCUGCUAGUUGCAGCUGCUCAGACUGGGAAGAUAAUUAAUAUUAAGAAGGGCCAAUUUUGUGCACCUUCUGUCAUGGUGAAUUCUGCUGAAAAGGUUAGGCUGGCAGGAAAUCCAAAUGUUAUGGUCUGUGAGAGAGGAACGAUGUUUGGCUAUAUGUAUUGUGUUGUAUUUGUCUGCUGUACUUCAGAUGAUUUGGUUGUUGAUCCACGCAACCUGGAAUGGAUGAGGGAAGCCAAUUGUCCAGUGGUGGCUGACAUAACACAUUCAUUACAACAACCUGCAGGAAAAAAGCUGGAAGGAGGUGGCGUUGCCAGUGGUGGUCUCCGUGAAUUAAUACCUUGCAUUGCCAGGACAGCAGUUGCUGUUGGCGUGGAUGGCAUCUUUAUGGAGGUGCAUAAUGACCCCUUAAGUGCUCCAGUUGAUGGCCCAACGCAAUGGCCUCUUCGCCAUUUUGAGGAACUGUUAGAAGAGCUUGUGUCAAUUGCUAAGGUUAGCAAGGGGAAGCAACAGUUUAGAAUUGAUCUCUCUCCAUUUCAAGAUUAGAGAGGUUUCUGAAAUUUCUCUAUGCAAAAGCCUCUGGAGUCCUAAGCAUGCUUCAGUUGCUAGAGUAGCAGCAUAUGGAUGAGAGGUGCUGGGAGAAUCAUUCCUGAGGGGACAGGAAUGGCCCUUACUAUGAUUCAAGUGUACGCUUGGCAAUAUGUUGAAGAAUUAUAAGAAUGUGUCUUUAGAUAAUUUGUGGAAGCAUAUAUUUGUGGUAGAAGAUUAGAACAGUGGGAAGCAAAAUCUCUGCACACAGAGAGUCACCUAAACUAUGGGGGAGUAGUUAUUUAGAGGGCCUCUUUUUUCUUUUUUUUUCUAAUUUUUUUCAUUUUUGCCCUCUUGCUUUCAUGUGGAAAUGGAUGAUUCAAAACACCGGGGCCGGGUAGGGGAAAAAAGAGAAAGACGCCGUGAAAUUCUUUUUUCUCUCUUUAGCAAGCCACCAUUCUUUGCAGAAAUCCAGAAUUACCAUGGGUUUUGGACUUUCAA